CUAGCUACACCAUCACAGCAGACUGCAGGUGAAGCAGCAGGGGAGUCUGGGAAAAUCUCCAGGAUGGAGUCUCUGAUUAAACCGGCGGCUUUCCUCCUCGCACUUUGGUGCUGCUGCUGCAGUGCUCAACAACGCGUUGACUACAUAUCUCCGCAUUUAGGCAGCUCCAAUGGAGCAACACGACUCACCAUUUCCGGAUAUGGUUUUGCCCAGGAGAAACAGUUCCAACUAAAUCCAACAGAUGACACAUUUGGCAACCGUGUGACCCUGGUGUCAGAUACCCUGUCAGUCCCCUGUGAUGUGGAGAGAGACUCAACACAUGGCAACCAGAUCAUGUGUUACACCAGAGCCAUGCCAACGGGUCAGUAUGUUGUUCGUGUCAGUGUGGACGGUGUUCCCAUUCCUGACAGCAAUUUGUGCAGAGGGUGGUACAAACCAUACCAGUGCAGCUUCUAUCCUGUCUGGUAUCGCACGCCUACUAUCUACUCUCUGAGUCCAGUCAGUGGUCCCCCAGGCACCUUGGUGACACUGCGAGGACUUAUCUUCUCUGAUGUGUAUGGAAGCAACACUGCCACAAGCUCCAAUGGCCUCAACGUCAGAUUUCUGAGAGCCUACAUGGGAGGGAUGCCAUGCGAGCUGCUUAAACCACAGUCAGAUGAACUAUAUGGCCUACGACUGGACUCUGAAACUUCUCAGUGGGGAUACAUGAGCUGCAAAAUGACGGGGACGUAUGUUGGGCAUCACAACUUGAGUUACAUUCUUGAUAGCGACUAUGGAAGGAGUUUUUCAGAAAAGAAACUGUACAGGGUUUCAGCUUUGGGCAAGCUCUCCAUGUUUCAGUCCUUUGCAGAAGUGACAGGAGUCUCCCCAUCCAUGGGCAGUGUCCUUGGUGGAACCCUGUUGACCAUCUACGGCCGCUUCUUUGAACAAACUGAUCGCCCAGCACGUGUUCUCGUUGGAGGCCUGCCUUGUGAAAUCCAGAGUGUAUCGGAUGACAGAAUUACUUGCAGAACCACCAAACACGAGAUGAACAACAAACUGACAGUCUACCCAGGUGGAAGAGGCUUAAAGAUGGAGGUGUGGAAUGAGACAAGACCAAAAUACGUGACGGACAUUUGGAGCUACAAUAAGAACACAACUGGAUACUGGACACAGUGGAUCGACUCCAUGCCCCACAUCUUUGCUUUGGAAAUUGAUUAUUUCAGCUCACGAUCCAGUGGCUUCCUUGUUCCUCCAGCCAGUGCCAACUACACAAUAUACCUCAACUGUGAUGACCGAUGUGAGCUCUACCUCAGCAACUCCAGUCGCCCAGAAGACAAGGUUAAAGUUGCAUACCAGACAAGUUUUGUCACAGAUUUCAUGCAAAGGGAAUCACAAAAGUCUAAGGUAUUGGCUCUGGAGCAAGGAAAACCCUACUACAUUGAAAUUCUUCAUCAGGAAUAUGCCGGUGCAGCUAGUGUCAACCUCGCCAUUUACCAAGAGGACAGUUCCUUUACAGAAGACCAGACAGACGAUGCUGUCAAUGAGGUUCAGGAUAUUGAGGUUAAAUAUGACGUGUUCGAUGAGGAACAGGUGGUAACCUUUGGGUCCUGGCCCAGAAAUGUUGCUGCAGUUAAAGAGGUCCAAAAGGUUACCGUCAGCAGCAGCUGUGACAGCCAUCUUUGUGGGAGCACCUUCUUCAGCCUCGGCUAUGAAGAUGCAAUGACAGGACCAAUUCCAGUCAGCGCCUCAGCAGCUAUAGUGGAAGCAUCCUUAAACAGCCUUUGGUCCAUCAAACCCGAUAAAGUCCAAGUCACCAAACAGGUCGAUAGCCAAGAAUCUCAAUACACCGUCACAUUCGAUUCUGACAGAGGGGAUUUCAAACCUCUUCACUGGGAGGUUUUUGGCUCCGACACUAACAUCACUGUUGCUGAGGUUACAAAGGGGAGAAGCAGCAUGAAGACCUUCACUCUGCUCUGGGGGGGAAUCCCUACAAAGCCCAUCACCUUCAACGCAACUGAGUCUGAGAUACAGUCGGCUCUGGUGGACAUGAUGAAACCUAAGUGUCCUGAUGAGAUCCUGACCACUGAAGGGACUAAUGUGAAGUACUUCAAAGACUUUGAAAAUGACAACUCUCAGUUCAAUAGUGCUGAGGAAGGGACUCCAGUGAAAAACGCUUUCUGUGGCCUGUGGUCGCUGAAGAACGCAGAAGUUCUUUUCAAGGACAGUUACACCAAAGAGUCUGGUGUGAGCUACGGACCAGUUUCUUUGGACAAGUUUCCCACGCUUUGCUUUGCAUACAAGGGAAUGUUGAAGGAUGAAGUUGGAAUGAAGUUCACUUACCGCGACAGCCAAGGCAAAACCCAGACACAGACGGCAAACAUCAACACACUCUUCACCAAGGGCCAAAGGUGGAGUUACAAAUGCAUGGAUCUGCAGAGUUCCCUGCAGACAAAAUACAUAGGAAACAGUUACAGUCUGCAGGAGUUUUACCUCUACAAAGACGUCUCUGGUGCAGAUUUCUAUGUGGAUGCUGUUUACAUCGGAAAGACACCCACCACAGAUGACGAAAAUGCUGUUCCCCAGAAGAGAAGGCCUCCACCCUUUGAAAGCUCUGGUCGUUCCUUCGAGGUGAUCGCUGUUAGCAAAGCCACAUCAACUGCUUCACAGAUCAGCUACACGAUCAAAGCCACACCACUUGAAUGUGCCUUUGAUUUCCCACUGAUAGGAGUUGGCUUCUUGGAGAUGUCUAACAGCAGCGAGGACAUGGCUGAGUACAGAGAAGGAGCAGCCACCGUCAGCAUCACUCGCCCUCACAGGGCCACCCCUCCUCUGAACGGCACCUUUGAUGUGGGGAUUUAUGGAGGCCGAGCUGAAGGUCUGCCAGUGGACAUCAGUGAGGAGGAUCUGAAGUACGCUCUGGAGGGAAUCGCAGGGAUGGGUCAGGUCAGCGUUACAUGGCAGGGAAGCUGCAGACACCCCAAGUGGACGGUUAAGUGGCUCACCAAACCUGGAGACCAGCCUCUGAUCCAGGUUGACGGCUCGUCGGUUGUUGGGAAAAAUGCAGUUGUUUCAACAAAUGAGAAGAAAAAGGGAGGAUUGUUGAGGCGCAGCAUGACAGGAGAUUUCUUUCGUGUCUGGGAAACCAAACCACAGGUGGAGGUUUACAUCAACGGCAUUCCCUCAAAGUGUUCUGGUGACUGUGGGUUCGAAUGGUCUGAAGACAAGACUCCAAUUGUGACUGGAAUCAGCCCAUCGCAAGGGUCUAAUGGCCUGGGGACUCUGUUGACUGUCACUGGAACUGGCUUCGGGAGUGAAAACGCCUCCAUCAUUGUGGGAAAGACUCAAUGCCUUGUUGAACAGAUCACCGCUACCACUCAGGUGUGCAGACUGGGCAGUGCCAGUGCUGGUUCCUACCCCGUGUUCAUCGGCUUCCCCUCUCUGGGUGAUUCACGCUCCACAGGAGGCAACAUCUUCCACUUCACCUACCAGCUCAUUGUUUCCUCUUUCUCCCCGCUCUCUGGAAGCGUGGCAGGAGGCACGCUGCUGACAGUGAGAGGUUUCGGCUUCAGCCAGAACAGCACAGUUACUGUCGGCAGUGAUGAGUGCACCGUGGUUCAUGCCAGUGACACUGAGCUGAAAUGCAGAACGCCGGCAGGGACAGGAUCCCAGAUUAUCACAGUGAUGGUGGGAAACAUGAGUCAGACAGCCGGAAGCUCCUUCACAUACGAUACUAAUCUUACAGCCCAGAUCUCAGGCCUGAGUCCCCGCACCACCACUGUGAUUGGACAUGAAGUUCUCACCAUCCAGGGCUCGAACCUGGGAGGCCAAGACAAUGACAGCAUCGUGUUCGUUGGUGGGGAAGAGUGUGUGACCGUGCAGUGGGCAGCGACGAGCAUCACCUGCCGUCUCCCUGUGCUGCCGCCUGGCAUUUACAUGGUGGAUGUGCAAGUUGGAAACAAUGGCUACCCUCAGACAAGCAACGGUGUAAACGCCAACAUUGAAUACAUCCUAGAAGUCUACAGCAUCUCCCCACUGCUUGGCUCCUUGAUGGGAGGAACCAGGCUGACUGUUUCUGGAUCUGGUUUCAGCAACAACACCUCUGACAACAAAGUCUCCAUUGGAGGAGCUGAGUGUGAAGUGAUGGCCGCCUCAGAGAAUGAACUGCAGUGUGUUAUGCAGUCGGACCAGAAGACCCACCUCGUCACCAAUCAGGGAUCCGACCGCACCUAUGGACAGGGGUUUGCAUGGAGCCCUGCCUCACUUCCGGUGUUUGUUGGAGACACAGUUGUGUGGCGUUGGGAGGCACCAGCCUUCCAGAUAGUCGGGUACCGGGUCUUCAGUGUUUCCAGCCCGGGUAGCACCACCCACGACGGACCAUUCAACAGUGGAGAGACCAAGACACCCAAAGGGGUUUUCAGCUACCGCUUCACUGCACCUGGUGUGUAUUACUACAGCAGUGGCUACGUAGAUGAUGCCAAAGUCAGGCUGCUGCAGGGAGUCGUGAAAGUCGAGGCUCGGGAGGAGAUUAGCAGCAAAGUCUCUGUCAGCGUGGGAGGCAUGGAGGCCAGACACAUGACAGGUUCACGUCGUGUUUCCAGAGCAGCCCCACAGUGCGUCACCUCCCCACAGUGCCCUCAGACCAACGAGACCUCAGACGGCCUUUCCUUCAGCGUCUUGGCCUGCUCCACCCCCACAGUCCACUCCAUUUCUCCCAACCAGGGAUCAUACCACCAGAUCAUCCACAUUCAGGGCAAUGGCUUCAGUGACACUGCCUGUGCUAAUGAGGUGACAGUGGGAGAUCAGCCCUGUCAGGUGUUCAACAGCUCUUACUCUGAGAUCAACUGCCAGCUCAGCCCCGAAAGCCAACUUCCCAUUGGUGUCGCUCUCCCUGUAGCCGUCAGAGUCAACAACCUCGGCAGUGCCAUCAUUGCCAUACCAGAUGAGCUCGGCCGCCGUUUUGUGGUUCUGCCUGUGGUCGACUUGGUCUCGCCUCCUAUCGGCAGCCCCACCGGCCACACGCGGCUCCUCAUCCACGGCUCUGGUUUCUCUGGAGGACAAGUGACUGUAGCCAGCGAGCCGUGCUCCGUCCUGUCAGUCAGUUACACUUGUGUUACCUGUGACACCUCUCCUUCUCAGCCACACAAUGGUGAUGUCAUUUUCUACAUGGGGAAGAUCCAAAGCUCCUGUCAGUCAAACUGCUCCUUCAAGUACUCCUCCUCCGUCACUCCUCUGGUCUCCAGUAUUUCCCCCGACAGCAUCAGCAACCUAACCACUGUCACCAUCUCUGGCUCAGGGUUUGGCAGCAGUGUGGAUGACGUGGCAGUCUUUGCCAGCACCUCAGAGCUGGAAGUCAUCGCCGUGACUGAUGACAACAUUACACUGAGCGUAAACGCUCUGCCUGCGGGCGACCACCCAGUCAAAGUAAUUGUGAGAAGCAAAGGCCUUGCGUCCGGUUCUGUCACCCUGAACAGUCGUGCCCAAGCUGCCCUCCACCCAGAUGUGGGCAGCCUGGCAGGAGGAACCUCUCUUGUCUUCACUGGAAACGGCUUCGCUCCAGGGAACACCAGCGUGAUGGUCGGUGGCAGACCCUGCCAGAUUCAGGAGGUGACGCCGGGGCAGCUUCGUUGCCUGACGCCUCCUCACACUGAGGGGCUGGUGACUGCUAACGUCCAGGUCUUUUCAGUGCAGUAUCCUCCUCUCAACUUCACCUACUCUGCAGCCCACACUCCUGUCAUCAGCUCCAUCAGCCCCCCCACUGGGCCGAGCGGUGCAGUCGUCAUAUUGACAGGUUCAGGUUUUGGCAUCGACUCCCAGCACAUCUCCGUCACCAUAAACCAAGUCCCGUGUGUCGUGUCUGCAGUCUCCAACACACAGGUUCAGUGCACUGCAGGAGACAACCCAGGGGGGGCGUACCCAGUCAUGCUGCAUCACCAGGUCAAAGGUCACGCCCAGUCAGGUGUCAUGUUCACGUAUGAGCUGACUCUGAGCAGCGUGCAGCCCAACGAGGGCAGUUAUGGUGGCGGCGCUCUGCUGUCGGUGCAGGGCUCUGGGUUCGACCCGCACAGCUCCACUGUGAGGAUCUGCGGGGAGAAGUGUGAAGUUCACAGAGAAAUGUCCACAUCGACUCGUCUGUACUGCCAGUCUCCAUCCAUCAACGGCACUCUGUCGGUGCUGAGCUGCGUGGUUGCCGUCAUUAACCAGCUGGAUGCCGUCAACAUAUCAAAUGGCUACACCUACAAAUCUCAGUUGACUCCUGUGAUCAUGGAUGUUUCUCCACGGAGAGGAGGCACCGCUGGAGGCACCCGGCUUACAAUCACCGGCUCCGGUUUCAGCACCGACAUGAAUGACGUCAACGUGACCAUCUCAGGAUCUGUGUGUGACGUUCAAUCCACCAACAACACACACAUCGUCUGUGUGACGAACGCUCAGCGCCAGUCUCAGAAAACCAAAGUCAGAGUCAGCAUCGGAAACCGAGGCAUCGCCAAGAUGGAUAAUGCAGACUUCUUCUACAUUGACGUGUGGUCAUCCAGGUUCACGUGGGGUGGUCUGUCUCCACCCGAGAAGAGCUCGUUUGCUGUUAUCACUAAAGGCCAGACCAUCCUGCUGGACACCAGCACCCCUGUGCUGAAAAUGCUCCUCAUUCAAGGAGGGACGUUGGUGUUUGAUGAAGCGGACAUCGAGCUGCAGGCAGAAAACAUCCUGAUCACAGAUGGUGGACGGCUCCAGAUUGGCCAGGAGGGGGCGCCAUUCCAGCACAAAGCCAUCAUCACACUUCAUGGAAACCUGCGCUCCCCUGAACUUCCUGUUUAUGGAACCAAGACACUGGCUGUCAGAGAGGGAGUGCUGGACCUGCAUGGUAUUCCAGUUCCUGUCCCCUGGACCCACUUGGCCCAGAUGGCGACUAGCGGCUCCGUCACACUGACUCUGAUGAAGGCAGUGACAUGGAAAGCCGGAGAUGAAAUUGUCAUUGCUUCCACCAGUCACAGGCACAGCCAGAGCGAAAACGAGGUGAGAAGGAUCGCCGCUGUGACGGCUGAUGGUAAGAAUGUAACCCUGACCGAACCGCUCAAGUACACUCACCUCGGGGUGACCGUCACGCUGCCCGAUGGUACGUUGUUUGAGGGCCGAGCUGAAGUGGGUGUCCUCACCAGGAACAUUGUUGUACGAGGCUCCCAAAACCAAGAAUGGGACGACAAGAUCCCAGCCUGCCCCGAUGGCUUUAACACAGGUGAAUUCGCCACCCAAACCUGUUUCCAAGGACGGUUUGGAGAGGAGGUCGGCAGCGAUCAGUUCGGAGGCUGCAUCAUGUUCCACGCACCCAGACCAAAUGAGAAUCUUGCAAUCGGCAGACUAGAAUAUGUUGAGGUCUUCCAUGCAGGACAGGCCUUCAGGCUGGGACGUUAUCCCAUCCACUGGCAUCUGAUGGGAGACAUCAACUAUAAGUCAUAUGUGCGAGGUUGUGCUAUCCAUCAGACCUUCAACAGGGCCGUAACCAUUCACAACACUCACCGGCUGCUGGUGGAGCACAACGUUAUCUACGACAUCAUGGGUGGGGCCUUCUUCAUCGAGGACGGCAUUGAGACGCAGAACAUCCUGCAGUACAACCUGGCUGUGUUUGUCAAACAAAGCACCAGCCUGCUGAAUGACGACGUCACUCCUGCAGCCUACUGGGUCACUAAUCCCAACAACAUCAUCCGCCACAACGCCGCCGCAGGGGGCACCCACUUUGGCUUCUGGUACCGCAUGAACGAGCACCCUGAUGGCCCUUCCUUUGACCAAAACAUCUGCCAGAAGCGGGUUCCCCUCGGUGAGUUUUACAACAACACCGUUCACUCUCAGGGCUGGUUUGGCCUUUGGAUCUUCACAGACUUCUUCCCCAUGAAGAACGGAGGCUGCUACUCCCAAACCCCUGAGCCAGCUGUCUUCCGCUCCCUCACAACCUGGAACUGUGAGAAAGGUGCCGAGUGGGUCAAUGGUGGAGCUUUGCAGUUCAACAGCUUCCUGAUGGUCAACAAUGAGAAAGCAGGUAUUGAAGCCAAGCGCAUCAUGCAGUGGGCUGUGAGCAGCUUCGGAGAGAAAGGAGGGGCGACCAUAUCCAACAGCACCAUUGUGGCCUAUGUGGACGAGCUCGGACUUGGAAAUGACUAUAGCACGCGACGAGGUGUCAUCGCUCCACUGGACGAUGGUCUGAGUGUCCUUAACACCAAGUUCAUCAACUUCAACCGUAGUUUAAGCGCAGCCAUCGGGGUAGCCUCAAUCGAUGGGACGUGUGUGGAUCGGUGUGGUGGCUGGGCUGUCAGGUUUAGUGGUAUCCAGUACUUCAAUUCACCCAACAAGGCCGGCUUCAGGUGGGAGCAUGAGGUGCAGUUGGUGGACACUGAUGGCUCCCUCACAGGAAAUAUCAAUCACAAAGUCGUGCCUUCGAGCCCCUUGCUGGACCCCGCUCACUGUUCCGAAAGUGCCGAGUGGAGCGUAGGUUUCCCCGGCGCUGUGUGCGACCACACCGUCAACUUCCAUCGUUUGGCGUUCAACAACCCAUCACCGGCUUCUCUGGCCGGCAAGGAUGUCAUGUUAACCAACUCACAUGGCAUCAGUGUGGUUCCCUAUUUGAAGAAGAGAAUGACUCAUAAGUUUGGCUGGAUGGCCUUGCUGCCCUCUGAACAAACGUACAACUGGUACUUUAACAAUGUGGAUCAAAUUACCAACAUCACUUAUACUGCAAAAUUCUACGGCUUCAAGUCCGAUCAAUAUGUGAUCAUCAACCACAACUUCACCCAGAGUCUAGACAGAUUCCGUAUCAUCGAUGAGAGGAACGGCUCAUCGACAGCGCUGAGCUUCAGCAACAACAAGAAUGGAGACUGGUACUUCAACAAGACCUCCAACAACCUCUACUACAUCGUAUCUGGGAAGACAAGCCAGCGCAGGCGUCGUAACAGCGUUGACCGCUCCAUGAUGGACUCCGAGGUGAACUUCAUGGUGUUCCGAUGCUUCUUCCCCAACUGCAUCCAACCACCUCCACCACCUCCAGCCACACUCGCCCCCUUACCCACCGGCCGGCCUGACAACUUCACUCGGUGGUCUGAUGUCUCUUUCUGGAAAAGUUCAGCUGAAAAUAACUUUUCUGUACCAACAGAGGGCUCUGAUGUGGUCAUCCCAGCAGGGAAGUGGGUUGUUUUGGACAUCAACACUCCUCCUCUCAACAAGCUGACGGUCAUUGGAGUUCUCGAAAUCCCCGACAACAUGAACAGCUCAUCCUCCAGACAGGCGCGGGCUGCUCCUGAAUACAGCACUGUGGUGGUAGACGCUGUUUACAUCUCCAUCCAGGGCGGCAGGCUGAUCGCAGGAUGGGCUGACGAACCGUUCAGAGGUCAGCUGCACAUCAAACUGAGAGGGAACCACCGCACGCCUGACUGGCCUCUGCCUAACGGACCCAACCAGGGAUCCAAAGUCCUGGGUGUGUUUGGUACACUGGAGCUGUAUGGACAACCUCACAACGUUUACCACACCAAACUGGCUGCCACUGCUGACUCUGGAUCCAACACUCUGACCCUGUCGCAGUCUGUGGACUGGCAGGUUGGAGACGAGGUGGUCAUCUCCACCACCAGCUACAACGCGUUGGAGACAGAAAAACAUCAGAUCACUGCCGUGUCAGCAGACGGCCGUAAUCUGACCCUGAACCAGUCUUUGAUCCACACUCACAUCGGUGAGACUCGCUCCGUCUCCGGUACAUCGCUCUCCUACACUCUGGCGGCUGAUGUCGGUCUCGUGACCAGAAACAUUAAGAUCAUUGGUCAGGAGUAUCUAGAUAUGAUGACGGAGUCCUUCGGAGCCAGACUUUUGGUGGGCACCUACUCGUGGGCCGGAAUCGACUAUAAAGGCAAGGCUCAGAUCAGGAACGUGGAGUUCUUCCGCUCUGGUCAAGAAGGCUGGACCGACUACACUGACCCUCGUUACUCUGUGGCCUUCCUCAACCUGGGAGAGGUUUCAGAAAAAGACUCGUACAUUCAGGGUUGUGCUUUUCACGACGGCUUCUCUCCAGCCAUCGGAGUUUUUGGGACGGACGGACUGAACGUUGACGAUAACGUUGUCUACCGCACUGUGGGAGAAGGUUUCAGAAUUUGGGGCAACAAGAUAAAACUGAGGAGGAACCUGGUGAUGAUGACGCAGUGGCCUGGAUCAUAUCAGGACAGAGAGGAGCCCUUUAACUACGCCUGGAACGCUGCCAUCGAGGUCAAUGAGGGGACAAAUGUUGUGCUGCAGCAUAACAUUGUGGCAGGUUACGAGAGAGUCGCUUAUCGUAUCAACGGUGAACCAUGUCCAGGUUAUCUGAACAAGAAUGAGAAGUGGAUUCACAAUGAGGCUCACGGCGGUCUGUUCGGAGUCUAUCUGAACAAAGACGGUUUGCCCGGCUGCAGCCUCAUCCAGGGCUUCUUCGUCUGGAGGAGCUUUGACUACGGCAUCUACUUCCAGACCAUCAUGGAUGUUAUUGUUUCCAACGUGACCCUGGUGGACAACGGGAUGGGCAUCAUGCCUCUCAUCUUCGCUCCUCCUUCUCUCUCCCAUGCAUACGCAGAUAAAACUGCACAUAUUCAGAAUGCUUUGAUUGUUGGCAGCAGCCCGAGCUUCAACUGUUCAGCCACUUUGCCCAGCAGUGACUUUAAUAUGGUCAUCAGCAACGGCCAUCGAGCCCCAAGGCCUCUCAAAGGUGGCAGAUCUGGAAUCUGUUGGCCAACUUUUGGAUCUGCACACAACAGUGCUCCAAUAAAGUCCCAUCAUGUGAACAACAACUACAACGCCAUCAAAGGACUAAUGAAAGUCAUAGACACGACAUUCGUCGGUUUCCGAGAUGUCUGCUCCGGCGAGACUAACUUCAUGUUCAUCACCAACCCGAUCAACGAGGACCUGCAGCACCCUGUGCACGUUUCAGGCAUAACGAUGAUCGACAGCACAGAGCAGGCCAGAGUCUUCAUCCACAGGCCUGAUGUGAGUAAAGCGAACCCAUCUGACUGUGUGGACAUGGACUGCGACGCGAAGAAGAAGACCUUGUUGAAGGACUUGGACGGUUCAUUCCUGGGUGCAGUGGGAGCUGUGGUGCCUCAGUCUGAGUACGAGUGGGGAGGUGAUCCCAGGAGAGGGCUGGGCGACUACCGAAUCCCAAAAGUCAUGCUCACUUUCCUCAACGGCAGCCGCAUCCCUGUGAACCAGAUCGCUCCACAAAAAGGUGUGAUCAGGAAAGACUGCACGUACAUGAGUUCCUGGCAGAGCUACAAGUGUUUCGGGCUGAACUACAGGAUGCUGGCGAUUGAGAGUCUGGACUCUGACACAGAGACCAGACGUCUGUCCCCCGUCGCUGUGCUCGGAGACGGCUUUUUGGAUCUGAUCAACGGUCCUCAGGAUCACGGUUGGUGUUCAGGCUACACCUGCCAGAAGAGAGUGUCUCUCUUCCACAGCAUCGUGGCCACUGGUCGCUCCUACGACGUCUUCUUCACUAGCGUUAGCCCUCAGAAACUUCGCCUCAUGAUGCUCAACGCUGAUCCAUCUGAGAGCAUCAUGGUGUCAGUCUUCUACUCCAAGCCACAGCGGUUGGAUGUGUACGUUGACAACAAUCUAAUUGCCCCAACUAACGUUCAGUGGAACGCUGACAACACUGACUACACCCUGAAGAAGCCCAUCUAUGCAGAUCAAUACGUCCCCCAAUUGAAUGCCACUGUGGGCACCAACUACUUCGACCAGGACUACAAGAUGAUGAAGGUCGUACUAAGAGGCACCCAGCCAGUGGAGAUCCGAACUUCCCCGCUUCUCUUCAUCUCCUUUGAGCUGCCCGCCAUGACUGAGGAUCAAUUUUUUGGAGAAAGUCUGAUCCAGAACCUUGCUGUAUUCCUCAAGAUUCCCCCAAAUAUGAUCCGAAUCACUAACAUCAUCCGGGGGGAUGGAGGUGCACGGCGCAGGAAGAGAUCUACGAGCCUGAAGGUGGAGGUGGAGAUCAAGAAACCUCCAGUCCAGCAAACCACCAACAGCACCAACAAUGAGGAGGACUUUACGUUGUUGAAGAGCAUCGCUGAUGAUCUGGGUCAGGCAGCAGUUUCCGGAAACCUCAGUCAGUCCAUCGGCUUCAACGUCUCUUCGAUGGGUGUCAUCCGGCCUCCUCCCCCAUCAUCUGACCCCAGCUGGAAUCAGGAGGCCACAGCAGAAGUGACGAGGGAGGAGCCUACAGUGAGCUACGUGUCCAGGGUGUACAAUCUGCUGCUGAUAGAGGAGCCGAUAGCCGGAGAGUUUGUGGGUCCUCUGUACCAGCAGCCCAGUCUCAUGGCUGUGGAUGAGCAGGGUAACUGCGUCUCUGUGGGAGUGACAACUCUCACCGUAACAGCCAGCCUGAAGAACUCCAGUGGUAACAGCGUAGACGGACUGGAAGGAAACACCACCAUCCUGUUCAGCACCUGCUGGGCAAACUUCACCGACCUGUCCAUUCAAAACAGCGGUGAGGACCUGACCAUGGUCUUCACUCUGAAGGAGUGGGGCGCAGAGUCACGCGCCUUCUCCGUCAAAAGCCCUUCAAGUACUCAGACUCCAACCACUCAGACUCCAGCCACUCAGACUCCAACCACUCAGACUCCAACCACUCAGACUCCAUCCACUGCGUCCACAAACCAACCACAGCCCACUACCGAUGGGAGCAUCUUCAGCUCCAGCACAACCGUGUCUGCCAGCAGUCUGUGUCUGGUCAGCGUCAUCUACGCUGUGGCCUGCUGCUCAGAAGGCACCUCCAUUUGUUAAAUAGUUUUGUGAAGUUAAGAGGGUUUUAUGAAGGAUACCUUAACAUGAACAAGUCUGCUAAGCAAAAAAAAUGUAUUCUUGAAUAUAUAAUGCACAUGGCUGGUUUUUCUUUUCCUGUGGUAAAUUUUUAUUAAGGUUUUUUUAAUUGAUUAGAAUGGGGUUAAAAUAUCUCAUAAGUUAAAAAGGGUUAGGGUUCUCUCCUGUGGCCACCAAAGCAGUCUCCUCUCUCUUCUGUGACUCACGGAGGAGCACCCCCUCCUCCCCUCUCUCUUCAUGUGCAGCAGCACUGCGCACAGUGCACAGGCAGGUAGAAAGGGGAGAAGGGACAGGGUGCGGGGGCUGGUGUAGAUACAGUGGGACGCUUCUUUGAGAAUUAUUUAUCGAUUUUUUUCCCUCCCUUUGUAGAAUUUAUUUUAUUUACUUCAAAGAUAAGUUACCUAAGUAAUAAUUGUAAGAUAAAAUAAAUUGCUGUAUUGAAUUUGUG